CUUCGUCCUCUCUAUCUCUAUAUGUCUUUACUUAUCCUUCCAAGCUUUUAUCUGAAUCUUUGGUCAACUUGUUCUUUAACUUCUGAAUAAUCUCUCUAUCUCUCUGGGGACCACACAUCACACUACAACCACUAAUAUUAAUUAAUGCCUUCCUUAGUACAUAUAUCUCAGCACGCUUUGUGUCUCUCCUCUCCGGCAUAUCCUUUCUCCUACCUUCUUCCUCUAUCCCCUGACUUAACUUUGCUACCAAACAGGUUCUUCUUGGCCUUUUCUUUUCUUCAUCCUUCAUGUUUUGCCUUCUUUCCAAUUCAUUAUCAUGGUUUUUGCUGGUCCUGAUAUAUGACCCUUCUUGCUUCUUUCCUGAUCUAUAGGCAACAAGGCUCAAGGAACUAGUAUUGUUUCUAUCAUGGGAGUUUGUUUGAGCACCCAAAUUAAAGCUGGGUUAAAUUCAAAGCAUGUUAGUGCCGAUGCAAAAGAUCACAGCAGUCCAAUUAGCAAUAAAAUUACAAAAGAUGUCAGCACACCAAUCAGUAAAGUCUCAGAGGUAUCAGUGCCUCAGACUCCUCGGAUUGAGGGUGAGAUCUUGCAGUCAUCCAAUCUGAAGAACUUUAGUUUGACAGAACUCACAGCUGCCACAAGAAAUUUCCGUAAAGACAGUGUUUUAGGAGGAGAAGGUGAUUUUGGAUCAGUUUUCAAGGGCUGGAUUGAUAAUCAAUCACUGGCUGCUGCCAAACCUGGCACUGGCGUUGUUGUUGCAGUGAAAAGACUUAGUCUGGAUAGCUUCCAAGGUCAGAAGGAUUGGUUGGAUGAAGUAAACUAUCUAGGCCAGCUUUCUCAUCCUCAUCUAGUGAAAUUAAUUGGGUAUUGCUUUGAAGAUGAAGACCGACUUCUGGUCUAUGAAUUUAUGCCUCGUGGUAGCUUGGAGUAUCACUUGUUCAUGAGAGGCUCGUAUUUUCAACCUCUUUCUUGGGGUCUCCGUUUGAAAGUUGCUCUUGGCGCUGCCAAAGGGCUUGCAUUUCUUCACAGUGCUGAAACAAAAGUGAUAUACCGAGAUUUCAAGACCUCAAAUGUCUUGCUGGAUUCAAAUUAUAAUGCAAAGCUUGCUGAUUUGGGGCUGGCAAAGGACAGACCAACACGUGAGAAAAGUCAUGUCUCCACCAGGGUAAUGGGAACCUAUGGAUAUGCAGCUCCUGAAUAUCAAACCACAGGAAAUCUGAGUGCCAAGAGUGAUGUCUUCAGUUUUGGAGUAGUCCUGCUGGAAAUGUUAUCUGGCAGGAGGGCUGUGGACAAGAAUAGACCAUCAGGACAACACAAUUUGGUGGAAUGGGCCAAACCAUACUUAGCCAACAAACACAAACUUUUGCGUGUGUUGGAUAAUCGCCUUGAAGGCCAAUAUGCAUUAGAUGAGGCAUGUAAGGUGGCUACCCUCUCUCUGCGAUGCCUUGCAACAGAAUCCAAGUUGAGACCAACCAUGGACGAGGUUGUCACGGAUUUGGAGCAGCUGCAGGUUCCCCAUGUGAAUCAAAAUCGUUCUGUGAAUGCCUCUCGCGGUCGUAGAAAAAGUGCUGAUGAUUUUACUCAUGGUAGAAUCGCCACAGCUUCUGUUUCCCCGCUCUCACAUGACAUUGCAAAUACACGUCCUUGAAAGCUGAUGCAUGUUUCCACAUGAACUCAAACACGUUCAUAUCAUGCACACAUGCUAUCUAAUAGGUUUUACGUAUGUAUAUAUUUCAGGUUCUGUUUGUAAUAUGUAGUCAAAAUAGCUGGAACUACUGCAGGUACUGUCUUAUUUGGCUCUGGUUAGCUCAAUUUUGUUGUUUUUUAUAUUGGUAUAAAGUUUUCCAACUUUAUUUUGUUACACUUGCAAUGUGCAGUUUUCACAUAUAUAGAACUUGAAGCAAAACUUAUAGUUGAUUUCUUUCUUGUAAA